AUUAGCUGAAGUAACUAAUUGUCGACAAACGCUCUCACAAGCUCGUGACGUCGCGGCGUCAUGUCUAAACAGAUGGAUGAAUCGACAGAGGGAAGCUAGAGCAGGCCAUUGAAUGUGAUAUGAUAUUGAUUUUUUAAAUGUUUGAUGAUCAAGUCGCUGUGUCGAUUAUUAACUAACAUCCUCCGGUGACGUCCUCCAUAGUUAUCACAUGUACAACAUCAGAGGGUAGCCGACAUAGGAUAUUCUCCUCGCAACUCACCAUGGUUCAUUGGGCGCUGCGUUACCUGCCUAUAGGGAUGGUACUCGCUGUUGUUGUUGCAACAGUUGUUUACGUGGAGGUGAUCCGGAGCAAGGCUGACGGUGAUUCACCCCAUUUGGACCGGUCCAAGAGGAGGACGACUGCCCAUGGCAGCUCCAAUACCAACAAGAUACCGGUGACUGGUUACACAGGUGGCAUCAGCGGCGGAGGAGCUCAACUAUGGGCCACCCUCGGCGUCGUGUUUGCCUGCGUGGGUUUCAUCAUCUUCAUAGUGUGUUGUAUCAAGGCUUGCACACCUAGCGAUAACAUCUCGCCUUCUGUAUCAGACAAGAAAGAACCAGACAGUGAAGAAAGAUCGACAACCUUUGUUACUGCAGUCAGGCACAUCAUUGGUCCUGCAGACGGUCGAAAAGAAUACACUCAAUGAACAUUGCCUUUGGAUGCAUGAUUCUGUGUAAUGUAUGACAUGUUCACGAAAUGCUGUGUAUAGUUAUUUACUUGUUUCGCCAUUUUAUUCUCACCCAACGUCAGCAAAUAAAGGAAUGACGUGGUCCUCCUGUACAUAUUAUUGUUGCCAAUAACCUUUAAUUAUCUUAACGUUUGUAUGCUGUAUAUUGCUGUCUCAUUGAACCUUUUGGCAUAGAAUGCAUUUCAUAGUUAUGUAUAUAGUUGGGUGAUGAGUAGGGCUGAGACGGGUAACCCGGAUACACGGGACGGGUGGGUAAUGAGUUGGACCCGGGUACCCGUCUCCAUACCCGGACCCGUUAUGCUCAUGUGAUUAAUAGAUUAAACAAUGUAAUAUGUUAUUCUUUCAUGAUUAAAAGGUUGCAUUGUCUUGGAAGAUUUAGACAUAAUUUACAGUCACUUUUUUAAUAUAAUACAUGGUAAAGAUAUUAAAAAGCUUGAAAAUUUAGCCACCGAGCUGAAGAAUAUAUUGCCAUUUCUUGCAAAUAUGAUGUCAGGAAUUAACAUAACGGGUAUCUGGGUAGGGUAAUAGGGGUGGGGUACCCGGGUAGAUCAUUUGGACCCGUUCCAGCCCUAGUGAUGAGUCUUAUAUAGUACUGAUACUGUAACAAUACCACCGGUAGACUCGUUUCCUUAUCUUGCUAUUUGCCUGGAAACAAGGAUAUGCAGGGCCUU